UCAUCGACCCUGAAGACCAGCAGACCUCAGAGGACCAGAUCAGGUUCACACAGAGACUCUCCCACAUCACAGGAACAAACCUGACAAACAGCUGCAGACAAGAACCAACCGCAGAGACCCCAAAACCUUCACUUCGGCCUCCAAAUCUGAGCUGACGGUGUUUCCAGGUGUGCGCGGGGACGUUCGGCAGCAUGGCGGCGGGCCUGCAGGUUGUGGGUCUGCUUUUGGGCGUGGUGUCCUGGUGCCUGCAGUCCAGCUGCACCUCCUCCCAGGUGUGGAAGACGAGGAGCCAGCUGGAGUCGGUCAGCAGCAGCCAGUGGCAGUUUGAGGGCCUGUGGAUGAGCUGCGCCGCCACCUCGCUGGGGUCCGUUCAGUGCAGCAGCUUCAAGACGGUGCUGGGACUGCCGGCUCACCUGCAGGCCUGCAGGGCUCUGAUGAUCCUGUCCCUGCUGCUCGGCCUGGCCUCCGUCAUCGUCUCUGUGCUGGGACUCAAGUGCACCAAGAUCGGCAGAACCUCGGAGCACGUCAAAGACCAGAUCGCCCUGACCGGAGGAAUCCUGUUCAUCCUGUCCGGUGUCUUCACGCUGACGGCAGUCUCCUGGUACGCUGCCAGAGUCAUCCACGACUUCUACGACCCGCUGUACGGAGGGGUCAGGUUCGAGCUGGGUACUGGUCUGUAUCUGGGCUGGGCGGCCUCCUGUCUGGCCGUACUGGGAGGAUCUAUGCUCUGCUGCUCCUGCAGGAAGACCUCCCCCGCCCCCCCUGCACGGCAGUUUUCAUACAACUUCUCCACAACGAGCCGAGGACAGAACAUCUACAGAGCAGCGCCGGCCUCCGACAGCAGCAGCUCCAAAGCCUACGUCUGAACCUCCUCGGCACUGCUGCUUCCUGUCUGAAGCGCCGGGGGGCCGGGCGGACGCCGAGGGCCGAGCGCGGCGGCAUCGCCGUCUAAUUCAGGAUCGUGCUGGAUUUUAAAGAACUUUUUUUUUUUUUCUAAACGCAAAAUUAAACAUGUUUUUUAACUGAAUUUUAUUGUGAAGGGCGCUCAUCCUUUGAUUUAUGCCUGAACGUGUUGUACUAUUGAUGUCACUGUCUGCCAGAAGGAAAAAUUAAAAAGUGGAUUUCAUCGGGUCAGAGUUCAAAACA